AUUUGUUUUGUUUUGUUGGGUCAAGCACAGAACACUCUGCAAAAGAAGGCUGCGAAAAGAUGUUGUACCUGCUACGUUUUAAUGUUGAGUAUCGCGGUCUAAGUCAGCCCGAGCUACUAAAAGUUUGGGUGAAAGAAGCACAAGUUGCUCUUGCUGCUAAGGAGAGUGGUAUGGUGAAAGAAAUAUGGAAGAUUGUCGGUGAAAGAAAAGUCUUAGUGGUUAUUGAAUCUGAAAGUCCAGAAAAGGUCGAUCAAUUGUCUUUUGAUCUUCCAAUUAUGAAAGAAAUUGGCAAUCAAGUCAAAAUAGAAGUCACUCCCAUAAUUCCGUACUACUCGUUUGCAAAUUUCUUGUUUGAAAAUUUUGGCGAAGAAAAAAGUGCAAAAGCAAGUGACACUGGCGUGGAUGUAGCAAAAGAAGGGAUCUUUUAUUGGCUGGUUUUCAACAUUGAAUAUGCAGGGAUGAGUCGAGACGAGCUGCUAGAAGCUUGGGUUGCAGAAGCUAAGCAUGUCUUAGAAACACAGGAAAAAGUAAAGGAUGGUCUUUGUGUGUGGAAAAGUGUCGGGAAAAGAGAGGUUCAUGUUUUGAUCAGAGUUCAGCGGCCAGACGAUCUUGAUGCGAUGAGCUUAGAUUUACCCAUAAUGAGAAAAAUCGGCAAUCAGGUAAAAAUAGAAUGUAAAUCUGUGAGGCCUUACAAGGACUUCGCUGAAGACCUGAUGAAAAGAGUCUAGCUUGGCAUAUUAGCAACCUGUUUGGGACUAAAUGGCUUUCAAAUGUUUUCAAAAUUCGUAUCGUUUUUAGCCAAUAUGCAUUUUCAUUAUUUUCCUUGAUGUACUGUAACAAAUUACGUUAUUUACCUGUUAAUCAGCUGUAAUUUAACUGUAAUUUUCCGUAUUUGAGAUGCGUAUUUGAUUUUC